UAAACAAUUUUUGAAUGCCCUUGUCCCUUCCUCUCAGACUCGGCGAUUAGUGUCUUCUGUCAACUCCUCUCCGUCUCUCAGUCUCCCACGCCGUCGCAGCCAGCCAGCAGGCGGCAGUCUUCUCCGGCGCGGCGAGCCGGCUGACCUCUCAGUUUGUCACUCUAAUAGCAGCCGACAGUCUCCUCAAACCUGAAGGCUCACGGCUCACUCAGUGGCUAGCACAAGCGACUGGAUUCUGAGUUAAGCACUUAGCACCUCAACCUAUUUUAGAACCAAACCUAAUCCUUGCGUACUCCAAAAACCCCCCAAAUACAAAUUUAGGGUUUAUCAUUUCUUGAUGAAAAAUGAAAAUGGAAGCUAAACAACCAAAUACUCUCUCAAGCUUCAUCGACCAACCAGUAGUCCCAGGUGAUGUGAUAUUGGAUCUUUCUUCACUGGCUAACGAAACCAUAAAGCUUGGGGGUGGCCUUCGACAGGAUUGUGAUACUGUAUCUGUCAUGAAAGCUGGGAUUUUGAGAUAUACAAAGCCAAAUAAAUACUGGGUUGAAAGCUCACAAAAAAGAUAUGUUCCUAGUGCGGGAGAUUCAGUUCUUGGAAUCGUGGUCGACACUAAACCAGAUAACUUUCUUGUAGACAUUAAAGGGUCAAUGUUGGCAUUUUUGCCCGUUCUAGCAUUUGAAGGAGGAACGAGAAGAAACAUUCCAAAAUUUGAGGCUGGAACGCUGAUUUAUGCUCGUGUUGUCAAGGCCAACACUGGAAUGAACCCUGAGCUGUCAUGCAUGGAUGCUUCAGGAAAGGCUUCUGAGUUUGGUCCCCUUAAAGAGGGUUACAUGUUUGAAUCAUCAACAGGCUUAUCACGGAUACUUUUGAGUUCCCCGACAUGCCCUGUUCUUGAAGCUCUUGGCAAGAAGCUCUCUUUUGAAAUUGCAAUUGGUUUGAAUGGGCGUAAUUGGGUAAAUGCUCCCGCCCCUGCAACAACUAUCCUUGUCGCAAAUGCUAUCAUGAAUUCCGAGUCUUUGAGCGCCGUGCAGCAGAAGAUUAUGGUGGAGAAGCUGCUCCAGAGAGUGCAAUAAUCAUACACAAUUUUGGAGCUUUUAGCUCCAGAAAGUAGAAUCCAGCCUUUUCAUAUUUUGCAUUCAAUAUCAAGCUUUUUGUUGGUAGGAUAGGGAUAGGGAUAGGGAUAUUCUUUGUUUGGUUUUGAGGAUAAACUUACAUGUGAUGAUUAACUGUGGAAUGACAAAAGGUUAUGGUGGUUAAUAUGAAAGACUAUUGAAGAUUUUA